AUUGUGAUCAGUUAUGAACAACGAAAGCAGUUGAGUUUUAACCAGAAAACGUUUUAAAAUGCAAUGCACAAACGAUUCCCAGGAUGACAAUGAAUCCCUCGUCAAAAAACAAAAGUAUCCUAAAUCCGUAUUUUUCAUAGUUGGAAAUGAAUUUUGCGAAAGAUUCAGUUACUAUGGCAUGCGAGCUGUUCUUAGUAUAUACCUGACGGAUAUUAUCCUCUACAGCAAAUCCGAUGCAAAAAUCAUUUACCACACCUUUGCUUUUAUGGUUUAUUUCUUUCCUGUGUUUGGAGCUAUGAUCGCGGAUAGUUGGUUAGGAAAAUUCUACACAAUUUUCUGGUUAUCUAUUGUCUACGCCAUAGGAAAUGUUGUCUUAUCUUUGGCGGCAGCUCCACCGGUCGAUAUGGAUACCGAAGUAUUUUCUUUGAUAGGUCUAUUUCUUAUUGCUGUGGGUACCGGUGGUAUAAAGCCGUGCGUUGCCGCUUUUGGAGGGGAUCAAUUUAAAUUACCAGAGCAAGCUCUCCAUUUAGCUAAAUUCUUCUCCUUAUUUUAUUUUGCAAUUAACGCCGGAAGUUUAUUGUCAACUAUAAUUACCCCUUUGGUUAGAGAAUCGUCUUGUUUUAACGACGAUACUUGUUUUACUGGAUCUUUUGGUUUACCAGCUGGUUUAAUGUUGAUUUCUCUAGUAAUAUUUGUAAUUGGUAAACCGUCAUAUAUUAUAAGAAAACCCGAAGGUAACAUGGUUAUUAAAGUAUCAAAAUGUAUUGGGAGUGCAAUAAGCGAAAAAAGAAAAUCUAGUGGAAGCAAAGAACAUUGGUUAGAUUACGCUGAAGCAAAACACGGAACAAAAUUAGUUAAUGACGUAAAAGAUUUACUAAAAGUUUUGUUCCUUUAUCUUCCUCUUCCAGUUUUUUGGGCACUUUUUGAACAACAAGGAAGUGGUUGGACGUUCCAAGCACGAAUGAUGACCGGCGACAUCGGUUUUUACAACAUCCUUCCAGAUCAGAUGCAAGUCGUCAAUCCUUUACUCAUUUUGAUAUUUAUCCCAGUCUUUCAAUACUUGAUCUAUCCGCUUUUCAAUAAAUUCGGCGUUUUAAAAACACCGCUACAAAGACUCGUCGCCGGUGGUUUAUUGGCCGCCGUUGCAUUUUUCGUAUCAGCAUCAAUUUCGCUGGCAUUGGAGAAUGAAAUGCCUGUACAACCCACGGAUGGAAUUGGUCAUAUUAGAAUCUAUAACAACAUGCCAUGUACUUUAACAUUUUCAACAAAUUCGCCGAUGGGAAUUGUUGAAAUAGAAUCAAAUAAAUUUUAUGAAAACACAGAUUUUAAAAUCACCAAGGAAAUCGAAUACAGCUACAGUUAUACAUGCGAUGACUAUAGUGACAAGGGAACUUUUUCGGUUCGGGAAAAUGAAGCAGUUGGGUAUUACUUUCAAAAUCCGCAUAAUUUUACAGAGUUUAUUGACAGUAAUGAGAAAAAUGUUAAUAAUGGAUAUCCAAGAUUUAGGACAUUAGUUAACACAAUGAAUAAUGAUAUAAGCAAUCUAAACGUUAGAUAUUACAACAAAAUUCGCCAUCUUCACCAAACGAGCGAUAUUGGUGAUAACGAACAAUAUGAAUUUAGUCCUGGUGAUCUAUAUGUAUGGGUUGGAAAUUCGGAAAAAUAUUUGGACUCGAAACUCGGUGGAGUUUAUGCCAUUCUAGCUUAUUCAGAUAACAAUACCUUAUUUAAUAUAGAUAUCAUCGAAAUAACGGAACCCAAUAAAGUCCAUAUGUUAUGGCAACUACCACAAUACAUCAUCAUUACUAUGGGAGAAAUUAUGUACUCCAUCACAGGUUUGGAAUUUGCGUACAAUCAAGCACCGAAAAGUAUGAAAUCGGUCGUUCAAGCUGGAUGGUUAUUAACAACAGCUUUCGGAAAUCUUAUAGUUGUUAUUAUUGAAGCAUUACAAUCUUUUGAUGAUGAGUCCUCAGCAUUUUUCUUAUACGCUUCGUUGAUGAUUGUUGAUAUGGCUCUAUUUGCUUUUAUGGCGUAUCGUUAUACUUAUGUUGUGAGAGAUGAUGAAGACGAAGAUGAUGGAAAGAAAAAAGAGUUGAAUGGUGCUGAUAAUGAUGGUUAUAAUCACAACGAUUAGUUACUAUGAAUAAUUAAUGGAAUAUUUUUUUUUAAUUUUUAUUCAAAAUAAAUUUAGGUAAAUGGUAAA